AGAGCUUCCUAACUUAUCGAUGGCGCUGCUCUCCUUGCAGCUUUCUCACCCCUUCCCUGCGACCGUCUCGCCGCGCACCUCUUCCGCCACCACCAAGUCCGCCACCACCAGCAUUCCCUUCCCGAGGCGCCCACAAGCGGAGCCCAGCGAUGUCGGUGAGACUUCAGACGACUCUCCCGCCUCGACGCCGGAGUCCGAUGAUUUCGACUCCCGGUUGGCGCAAGUACGGCUGAAGUACCGGAGCGGCACCGGCAAGAAGGCCGAGAAGAGGAAAUCCCGCAAGUCCGGGGCUGACGGGGCCUCGUCGAAGAAGGGCAGCCUCUUCCUCCCCGCCAUCCCGCUCAAGGAGCCCGUUUCCAGCGGCCUUAAGGUGGAUUUCGGGUUCAGCCCCUACACGGAGCGGCUAAACGGCCGACUGGCAGCCCUGGGCCUGGCGGCGCUGCUGCUGGUGGAGCUUGGCUCCGGGAAGAGCCUCAUCAGUUACCACUCGCCGCCGGUGCUCUUUCUCCAGGUUUACACGGUCGCUGCGGCGGGUGCUCUGUUUAUCAAGUAUGAGAAGGAGAAGAUCAGCAUUUGGCCGCAAAAAAAGGAUUCAGUCGAUGGGAGCUUUGGCGGGAGGAAUCUUCGUGGCAAUCCAAGUAUGAUUGGCUUCUAAUGCAUCAAUUUCAGCCUUUAUAACAUCAUGCAAUUUAGGGUCCUGCAUGGCUUGGGCAAAGGAAGAAGGUGGCUUGGGCAAAGGAAGAAGGUUCACAUUGCUCAAGAAGGGUAGACAUGAAAUACUUGCAGGUUGGAUUGAAGUUAGUGACAUCAAGACAUUGUGCAAUCGGGUAAUGAAUACCUUUUGCAAUCGGGUAAUGAGUACCUUUUGUAGGGCUUGGGUCACCACUCUUCAACGAAUAGCUGAAAUUGGGCAAGACUGAGAAGCAUUUGUAGUCCUUAAGAUGAGUCAGUAUAUGCUUAGGGUGUGUAUAUGCUUAGGGUGUGUACUGAGAAUCACCAUGAGUAGGCUCGAUUGAUUGAGGAAUGAAACCAAGGUUGGUCUCA